GUUUGAUCCUUUCUUCUCUGUUGGAUGUCUGGAUGACUGAAACCAUCCGAUUUCAUUGUCACUCCGCUGAGUUCAUGUAAGUUUGUGAAUCUUUCUUUAUCCUUACUCCGUAUUUCUUUCUCCGUUUUGUCUCUCUGUUCCCUGUGUUGAGCUACCCUUUUGACCAAAAAUGGAAGCGGUACGGAUAUUAAUCUGAAGGCAGCAUACGUAAAUGGAAGAGGUGAGAAGAAAAUUAUCUUUCAAACUAAGUAAAAUCUUGAAAAUGCAAUCUGAAAUGGCCAAUUCUGUGGUGAUUUUCCACUAAAGAGGCGACUUUAUGAUAUAUAGAUCUGGGUGAUCUGCUGCUUCAGGCUAUUUUGGCUGAGGGUUUACUAAAGUUAUUAUAACUCUUUGAUUUUCAAUCAGAUAUGGUGAAAAGCCUAUAUCUCUUUCUGAUGUUGACUCCAUAACACUUUGUUCUACAAGAGUAAGUGUCUUGAGUGUACUACCAUUCAAGGGUUUAGUAUAAUUAUUGCUUUGGAAUUUCUGGUAUGCCGUUUUAGAGUGAUGAUAAAAAGAUCAAAGCUUUCCAUUCACAUGCAUGGGAAGUUGCAGAUUUUCUUCAAAAACUCCAGUUUUGCAUUUUUUUCUUGUGGCCUUGAUGAGAAACACACGAGUUCGGAUUUUAAUGGUAUAGGGUCAGAAUCAGAAAAUGAAUGGGAGAGAUUGCUUAAGCCUUAUGACCUCAAACAACUUCGGGAAUCACUUAAAAAGAUUAGCCCUUAUCAGCUAAAUAAGCUACUGGCACUCCCUUUGGAUGUACCGACAUCAAUGGAGCUAUUUGAAAGGGCUGGUAAGCAGAUAGGGUAUAGUCACACAUAUGAUGUGUACUAUACUUUGAUUGAUAAGCUUGGGGCUGCAAAUGAAUUCAAGGUUAUAGAUAGGCUGCUAUUGCAGAUGAAAGACGAAGAAAGUAUAGUUUUAAGGGAGUCCCUUUUUAUAAUGAUAAUGAAGCAUUAUGGGAGAGCUGGUUUCCCCGGGCAGUCAACCAGAUUACUUUUAGAUAUGAAAUGUGCAUUCUCUUGUCAACCGACUUUUAAGUCAUACAAUGUUGUGAUUGACAUUCUUGUGGUUGGCAAUUGUCCUAAGGUUGCGCAAAAUGUUUAUUAUGAUAUGUUGAACAAAGGUAUAUCUCCUACUGUGUGCACUUUUGCCAGAGUGAUACAAUCAUGUUGCAUGGUCAAUGAGGUGGACACUGGAUGCUCACUUCUUCGGGAUAUGAUGAAACAUGGGUGUGUCCCUAAUUCAGUAAUUUACCAGAUGCUGGUACGUGCACUCUCACAUGCUAAAAGGGUGGAUGAAGCGCUCCAACUGUUAGAGGAGAUGUUCCUUAUGGGUUGCAUCCCAGAUGUUAAUACUUUCAAUGAUGUUAUACAUGGGCUUUGUCACACGAGUCGAAUUCACGAGGCUGCUAAGUUAGUUGAUAGGAUGUUUGCUCGCGGUUUGGUCCCGGAUGCUAUAACAUAUGGGGUGUUAAUGCAUGCUUUUUGCCGGUGUGGGAAGGUGGAUGAAGCAAGAACUCUUCUAAAUAAAGUGCCUGAUCCUAACAAUGUCUUGUUUAAUACUUUAAUUAAUGGUUAUGUGAGUACUGGGCAACUGGAUGAAGCAAAAGCUCUUGUUGAUAAGAUCGUGUUGGCUAGUGGCUAUCAACCAGAUGUUUAUACAUAUAAUAUUCUGAUUCGGGGUUUUUGCGAGAAAGGAGAUCUGUCUUCUGCUAUUGAAACACUGAAGGAAAUGUCAGUCAGUGCUUCAAAGCCCAAUGUAGUUACAUAUACUAUGAUAAUUGAUGGGUUCUGUAAUCUAGGUCUGUUAAAGGAAGCUUACCAGGUAAUCAGUAAUAUGUCCACACGUGGGCUCAGCCUGAACACUGUGGGCUAUAACUGUCUUAUAUCCGCUUUGUGCAAAAAGGGGAAUAUCCAAGAAGCAUUUGAAAUGUUAAAUGAUAUGCGGAAUAAAGGUUGCAAACCUGACAUUUUUACUUUUAAUGCAUUGAUUCUUGGGUUUUGCAAAAUUGAUAAGAUUGACCAGGCACUAGGGAUGUACUUGGAAAUUUUCCAGGAGGGAAUCAUUGCUAAUACAGUAACCUACAAUACAUUAAUUCAUCAUUUAUUGAAAAAGGGUGCAACCCGAAAAGUACAUAUGCUUGCCAAUGAUAUGAUCUUCAGAGGAUGUCCCUUUGACGAAAUCACAUAUACUGGACUCAUCAAAGCACUUUGCGGAGAUGGAGAAGUUGAGAAAGCAUUAGCACUUCUUGAAGAAAUGUUGAGUCAGGGCUUCCAACCAAAUAACCUAUGUUGCAAUAUUCUGAUUAAUACCUACUGCACAUUGGGGAAGGUACAAAAUGCACUGGAGUUUCUGAGAGAGAUGGUACUCCGAGGAUUGGCACCUGAUAUCGUUACCUAUAACAGCUUGAUAAAUGGGUUGUGUAAGAUGGGGAAAGUACGAGAAGCACAGAACCUCUUUGAAAAUAUACAACAUGAGGGAGUUUUGCCCGAUGUAUUCACUUACAGUACUUUAAUUUUUACCUAUUGUAAAGCUGGGAUGCUAGGUGAUGCUUAUAUGCUUUUGAACAGAGGCGUCUUAAAUGGUUUCGUUCCCAAUGAUGUAACAUGGUAUGUGCUAGUGAACAACUUUGUUGCAGAAGGAUUGUAUUUUAGGCGAACAAGUUGAAACAGUUCUUGGUCUUAAGUGGGUUCCUUCUGGAUGACGAAACAUGGGCUGUCCUAGUGAACAAUUUAUGAAUUGCAAGACGGUCUGAAGGUAUUAUCCACUCUAUGCAUGCUAGAUGAAUUUGUGUGUGUGUGUGCUCUAUGCACGACUUUAUAUUAUACUCCGUAAAUAUAUAGUUGAACAUAAAAUAGUGGACGUUUAUGUUUAGAUCUUUGCAAACCUUCAUGUUUUCAUUAAACUUGUUUCGUUUGUACCAUCGGCUUCAUCAAAAUUUUAUUUAUUUUACACUCUUGUACUACACCAAUCUGUUUUAUGCACUCUUCUAUUUUCAGAAUUGUAAUGACACUAAAUCAAUGAAUCAUAUGAUAAUGAUGAAAAGCAAGUAAUGUCUUUUCUACAGACUAUCACAUAAUCUGAGUUAUAAUUGAAAUAUUUAUUUUAUUCAUUAUUAUAUAGCAGCAUUAGUAUAUCACAUAUCCAAUUGAAUUACAAUCUAUCUGUGACCAAGUGUUCAAUUCUAUUACUGUUCUAAUAAUAAUUCGUCUACAAAUGGAGACCUGGCCAAAGAAUUAUAGCCAUUUUUAUAAUAUUGACACCAUCAACAUUGUUUCUAAUUGAAUAUUUGAAACGAGUCUAAGAAACAAGAUGAUAAUAUCAUGAUGAGUUAAAGAGGUGAUAUCACGAUGAGCUAAGAAAUGAUGUUAUACUGAUGUGGGGGGUCCAUAUCGAGUCACCUAUAUAAUGGGAUUUAAUUUCAUUGUUCUCUUUGUUGAUGACUUCAGAUGUACGUGGGUCAUUAUGAAGGAUCGGCCAUAACUUUUUAAUGAUUUUCAAAACUUCUAUGCUGAACUCGGCUUUACAAAACCAUUUGUAUGUUACCUGGUGAUAAUGCACAGGAAUAAUUUAAUGAUUCCUACACUACCUAUAUAGCAGACAUGACACGAGUUCUGAUAUAUUCUCAUGUUGCAUGUACUUUUUGGGCAGAUAGUAUUGUUAUGGCUUGUCACAUCAUUAAUUGCAUGUCUUCUUUAAUUAAUAAAGUUCCUUACUCUUUAUUAGCCGUGAGCCAUUUCUUUGUGUCCUCGUAAUUUUGGCUGCAUUUUUUUUGGUCCAUAACAUGAUUCCUGGUCAAACCAAUCAAGUGUGUAUCUCUUGUUAUUCCGUCUUCAAAAGGGAUAUCAUUGUUAUUCUCUUAGAUAAAUCAUCUCCAUUCGAACCUUAAUGUUUGCCUUCUAGCAUCUCCAUACUACCCACAAAUAGUCUACAUUCUAUCAAUAUGUCUGCUUAUCUGCCAUUCUUGCAUGUUCAUAUUUCUACCCAUGUCCUCUGACAUCACCUCCCACUGCUGAUUCUCCUGGAUCCUCCAUCUCUCUAACUGAGGAUUCUCUCCAAGAUGGCACCCAUUGCAUUCGGAAAAGGUAGCUGCUCUUUUGUAUUCUUUUCUUAGGUAUUGUUGCGUCUCUCUGUAUUGCUCCCUCUAUUUCCAAAUAAAUUUCACAAUCACUAUUAACUAUUUGUAGGCCUUAGAUAGGAACAUUUGGAGAGCUAGGAUUAGGGUAGUUAGCUAGGCAUUUUGGGCUUGGUGGUAGUUUUCCAACUUGUGUGCUUUUUAUUCUUGGUGCUCUGUGCUUUUAUGCUUUGUGCUCUAUGUUGUUGUGCCUUUUUUCUUGGAAACAGCCUCCCCUAGACUCUACUCAUGUGGGAUCCAAUUGGUUUGUUGUUGUAUUAACUAUUCGCAGGGAUCCAAUGUAGUUUUUAAAAUGGUAAUUUUUUAAAAAACAAUUUGACACCAAUAUCUAAAUAAAUUGAAUUAAAAAUA